CUCCCCACACUGUUUGUCAACAAAAUAACCACCAAACUAUUAAUAAUUUUGUAAUUUGAUUCGUAAUUUAUAAGCAAAACGAAAACUUGUCAGUUACAGAAACUUUGGAUUAUUACUGUAAAAGUAUUACGAUCCUCAAAACCAAAGCCUCAUUAAAGUGAAUAUCUCCAACCAGCCAAACUAUAUGCAAAUAUUCAUCGGAACUCGCCGGGAAUGGCGCCUCCCCACAUCCAUAUUCUGCUGAAUCAGCUUCCGCAGUAUUUUGAUCCAUGGUUGACGAUCGAUCGAAUCGAUUCAAUAUGCGCCGGAGAAGAGUUACAACAGAUCCCCAAUGGCAACAAUUCCGGCAGUGAUUCUGAAGAUGAAAAUGAACGAGGAGAUCCCCAAACCGUAGACCUCCGAGAUUGCACUAUGAUCCAACGGGCCGUGGGUGACGCCAAUUUGAUGGAACUGCUGAAUGAUAUCUGCAUGGAAGCGAGAAAAAUGCGUCUGAAGGCGGGUGUUUUCGAUCAGUAUGAUAACUGGCAGUAUUUAUCGAAAAAGAUAAGUGUCGAUCAGUUACUAGCGUUUAUCUAUGGGCUGGUUUGUCUGGCGGAAUACGAUCCAACAGAAGGAACGAAUAGACGUCUCGCAAGUGCAGCUGUAAAAACUUAUUUGACGCUGUUGGGCACUCCCGGUCAGAAACAGACGGCUGCAUUUAACGAACAGGUGCUGUUAAAAUGUUUGGAUAUUUUCAAGUUGGCGGAACUUCUGCUGGAUCCCAUGUUUAGUGACUAUCUCAGAAACGAGCGGUCAGACUUCAUCACGCGACUGCUGCUCGAUUACAUACAGAUUAUGGAUGAAAUACAGUUGCUACUGAAAUGUAUGACUCUUAAGAGUUGCGACAAUGUAAAGCUGAAGUUGAUUAAUGAGUUGAAAUCGAUCUUGGAUUAUGCCAUUAAACAUGCAAAGAAUCGCCAGGUGGCAGAAAACGUGGCUGAAAAAGUAUUCGAGACACUCGAAUCAAUUUGCUUGCCAGAGCACGACGAUCAUAACGAGAGCUCUAAAACAAUACAACUAAUUUUGAAUCGGACCGCCGUGUUUUAUAAACUUGAGUAUAAGAACUAUCCUGCUUGCUUUCAAAUUUAUAAUUUCUUCUUGAAAAUGCUACAUCAAUACCCAAAGGAUACGCCUCCGGUUCUAACAAUAUUCAUCAAAUCGGUUCUAACCAAUCCGCCCAAAGUUUUCUCCCGUGCAGAGGAUUAUGCUUACCUUAGCGAUAUAGCUGUCAAGUACGAAACCUCUAUGUACAGCAGGUGCAACGUUUCAAUCGUAAGCUAUUUGAAACAGAUUGAAGGCCACGCAGAAACUACCGCUCGAGUUAACAUCGUUGAUUUUUUGGGUAAACUUGCAACCGUCGACUGUACCGUAGAUUGGGAACUGUUCAAGGCGGAUAUUUCCGAUGUUCCGAGAGAAAUUCAAAUGAUUGAAAUACUGUACAAUAAGUUGAUUGAAAAGAGUUCCACUGUUAAGUUGAAAGCGUUUCACUGUCUUUUGAAAAUUCUUCAGAAUGGGAAUCGAAUUAUGAAAAAGAUAAUAAAAGACACGUUUUAUUGUGCUACCGCUGACGAGGAUGAGAAGAGUUACCUUCAGAUGAACGACAUGGAAGAGCUGUACCAAACUGCCGAGCUGGAACUUGGCAUUUCGAGAAACGCACUUAAUUUCAAUCUGAGUUCUGCCAAUAGAAACAUGCGCUCAAACUCAGUGCAACCUGCGUCACCCACCAAGAAAUCGUCCGAAGUCAACGGAAUAGAAACCAUCGAAGACAAACUUCACACGCUGAGCGAUGUUAUUUACGAAGCUACACUUUCACCAACAUCUUCCAUUCGACGCGUGGCUCUAUCCUGUGUGGAGUGUAUCGUAGAACUGAACCGGAAUAGGAUCGACGAUCCGAUUUUCGAACACGUCAUCAUAAAACUUGCCAAAGAUCCCGUGAUGCUGAUGCGACGAACCACCUUGAACGUGUUGAACCAACUGCUAGCGAGCUACCCAAACUAUCUUCCGCUGAUCAAAAUUUGGUCCAAAAGUUUGCUACUGUUUCUAGACGAUAGCGAUCAAAAGCUGAAGGACUCGGCACUGGAGAGUCUGAAGUGCAAUGUGUUUGAUAACAUCUGUCGCUUCGAGGAUUCAUCCUCCAGUAAGAUCUUCACCCCGUGGAUGAUUGUCCGAUCGAUUCUGGUGCUGGGGAAAAUCAACGUCCUCAAGACGGCCGUCGAUUCGUGGAUUCAGAAGUCGAUAUUGACUCAAAAGAAUUUGAUGAUCAUCGAAUCGCACAUUUUCACCGUCAACUGUAGCGAGGCUUGGAUCAUUUUGUCGAUAAUAGCGAACAAGAUGAAGUCGAGAAAUCCGGAUGUUGUGAUCAAAACGAUGAACGAAAUCCUGCAAGUGGAUAUGUACAACUCUCCGCUGUGCCUACAGUACAUUCUGUGCGUGAUCAAAGCCUGGCUGGAUGACUUCACCCACGCGGGUCUGAACCACUUAUUCAAGAUUUUAAGUGACCUCUUGCGCACCGGAAGUACCACAAUUUCAUUGGUCAGUGAUGUGUACAGUCUCUGCUGCGCAAUCAAGGAGAAAUCUGAUGGAUCUGUGGACGAGAACUGGAUCCGUGGAAUUCGUGACAAUACUGCUGAAUAUCUGCUGCAUUAUCAUUCCCAUUACACCAGCUUCCACAUGUCCAAUGAGCGAUAUUUGAUCAAUUUACUGGUCUAUGCUGAGACUAGUAUCGAUCUGAACGACAGACCGCACGAGAAAAUUUUGUCUAUUCUGUUGCACUAUUUGACUCGGGUUGCAUCGGACGAGAAAUUCUUUAUACAACAAACUGAUCAGAAUAGAAAAAUCUGUGUCACUAUUGUGGUACUAUCUCGAUUUGGGUUACGCGACGGAUCUCUGGCGUCGACAAUUAUCGGCGACUUCAAUAAGAUAAUGAAAUUCAAGAACAUACAUGAAAGUAUAAUCUGUACUUUAAUAACCUCUUUUUCGGAUUUGUGCAAAAGACAUACCUCCUUAGUUGAUUCGUCCAUCAAAACAGUGAUCCUGCAGCUCAGUUCGAGUUACAUUACAGUGCGCAGUGUAGCCUUGAAUAAUCUAAACGAACUAAUUCUCCAAGAUUACGUCAAAAUGCGUGGCCGAGUUUUGCUAAACAUUCUGAAGUUAACUAUCGAUGAAGACAGUCAGAUAGCGGCUCAAGCUCUCUACGUGAUCCAAUUAUACGUGCAUUCGAAGAACGAAAAACUAUUAAAGGUAUCUCUAUUGGAGUGUGUCUACGUUUUCAACAAUUACCUACAGUAUGCCGUAAGUGACAUGUUUCCUGCAUCCGAGAUAGAUAACGAGCCCUGUGAUCUAGCCGGCAAGGACCAAGAAAACAUAGCAAAGCGUAACCUUAUUUAUGACUUUUUCAUUGACAACAUCGACGAUCUGAGCUUGUUAAAAUUACUGAAGAAUGUCAAUAAAAUUGACUCUCAGCUAAAGCAGCGAAAGUAUGUCGAGUGCCAGGCCGGGGCAAUCACAUUGGUCGACCUGCUGUACAUAUUCACAAAAAUGGUAUUGGUCAAAGAUCGAGACAAGGUGCGGCUAGCAAAAGCGGCUGCUUCCACUGCAAAUGAUGACAACGCUACACCUGAUGCUCCUACCGAAGAGGGACCUUCGCCGGCGAAGAAGUCACGAGUGAGGAUUGCACUCCAGCAAAGCGAACAGGAAACGAUCACAAUCGUUGAAAAAAUGAUUGCAGUAUAUUACGACUUUCAGUGUCGAGUACGCGAAUACAUCGGCAAAGUGGAUCCAUCGUUGGAAGAACUGGCUAAUCAGAGGUUAUACGAUUUUUCGAUGGCCACUGCCAAACAGUUUCGAGCUUUGGUUGAGUUUGCCAAACCAAUGGUGUUUUGGAGAGGGUUGAUGAAGGCAAUAGAUGCCGGCAGUGAGAAAUCGUCACCCAGGAAAGGAAGACGAAGAAAAACAAGACGCAGUUGUUCGGGCAGUGAGGAAAGCGAAAACGAGAGUGUUUGUGACGAUUACGACGAAACGGAUAUCCUGUAAUAUGACACUGUUUGAUGAUUCUCUUCGAAAUAUCCUUAGUUUAUGUCAAGUUAAUAACAUU